ACGCAAACAAACGUGCUGUUGGUUUUAGUACAUACAGUAUUUGCAUGUUUUAUGUUGUGAAGUGAGUUUGAAACUUCUCUUUCAGAGCUAUAUAAUAGGCCUAUGUACUGUCGCUUUAAGAGAGGGAGCUAGAACACCUUGACCCCAUAGGGGUUGUAGAGGACUAAAUUAAGAUCUAGAGACUAUCUAUUUCACCAUGUGGUGGAGAAGGACCCUCGGCACAGGUAGACGCUGUUUGGGAUGCAGGCGCAAUGGGGAAAAGGGGAUUUGGAGCUUCCACACCAGACCCAUAUGCAGCGCUCCAGCCUUACCUGCUGGCCGGAUCACAGCACUUCAGGCUUUAGAUGUUUGGAAAACGCAUUUUGAAGAGAAAGGUGUGACAGAGCCCGAGCACUCAAGCCAGUACAUCAUCGCUCAUUUGCUUGGUGCUAAAACAAUAGAAAGUGUUGAGCCGCAGAGGUUAACAGAGUUCCUCAGCAAAGAGAAAACUGAACAGGUUUGGCAACUCUGCACCAGACGUCUGUCUAGAAUGCCGUUGCAGUAUAUUAUCGAGGAGUGGGACUUCAGAGACCUGACGCUAAAAAUGAGGCCUCCUGUUUUUAUACCCAGGCCUGAAACCGAGGAGUUGGUUGAACUGGUGCUCACAGAUCUGCAGAAGGAUCCUGGAGCUGCAGAGGCACACCAAACAUGCUUGGAAGUUGGUUGUGGUUCUGGUGCCAUUUCUCUCAGUCUGCUGAAGAGUCUGCCUCAGCUCGAAGCCUUUGCCUGUGAUCGAAGCCAGGACGCGGUUGAUUUGAGCCGAGAGAAUGCGUUGAGGUUGGGGCUUCAGGACAGACUAAAGGUUUAUCAUAUGGAUGUGAUAAAAGAUGCAGACAGGAUGUUAGGUCUGUUUAGCUCCAUUUCAGCUUUGGUCAGUAACCCUCCAUACCUGUUUUCAGAGGAUAUGGCAUCACUGGAGCCUGAAAUUUUUAGGUUUGAGGACUAUGCUGCGUUAGAUGGAGGUGAAGAUGGACUAAAUGUGAUUAGACAGAUUCUAACUCUGGCUCCAGGCUUUCUGUCAAACCGUGGCCGUGUUUACUUGGAGGUGGAUCCCAGACACCCCCCGCUCAUAAGGCAGUGGGUGGAGGAGAACGUGGAGGAGCUGCGGUACAUGGAAACACGACACGACGUGAGCAGCAGGCCACGAUUCUGCAUCCUCCAGAAAGAGGAGUCACAUAAGGACCCCAAGGUGAAUCAGGAUUGAGAAACCCAGAUCCUAUUACGCUGGCUUUAGCUUAGGUCACCACAGCCUCUGCUCGCCUCCCCCCACCUGAUUCCAUCUCCUCAAAAUUAGCAAUUUUGCACAAAUAGUUUCCAUAUCAGGGCUGCACUUUUAACCCCUUGACAGUUGGCAAUCAUGCCCCAUCUCACAAUAAAAAAGGCGUGUGCAACAGCACACAAGCAGGCUCAGAGCAGAAGGUAAUUACCGAAGCUUUUCUUAGAAUGCUCCCUCUCAGAAUAUGUUUCACUCCUCCCAGGAAGCAUUCAGUAGUUCUGUGAAUCUGCUGAUGAACAGUCCUCCCCUUUCGCUCGCCCACCCCGCUGACUCAGAUGCUGGCCAUAUGCAUUGUUGAGCAAAAGCACACAAUGCCGCCCUCGCUUCUCGAGCACAAUCUGCUUCUCUCCCCCGCUUCAAAGGCCGCAAAAGAAAGCCUUAGUGUUUCUAAGGUGAUUUCUGGGUGAAAAUAUUUCACAAGAAGUGUCACAAGAGCAGUCAGCAUGUGAUUGUUAGUGGCGAUGAGUUGUUGUCUUAACCCUCUGAAUAAUCACUGUAUUUUAAGGAGCACAGAAGAUGUAAGUUCUGCUUUUAAUAGAAAAAAAUUUACACAUGUAAAAAGUACAAAAAUGCUUUGCUGACAAAAAUAAAAUGGCAUAAAAGAUG